CCACGGCGCCUUUAAGCGUCUCGCUGACACGUGUGUGAAGCUCCAGAGACCCGGAUGGUGCGUGUGCGGGGCCGCCGGCCGAGCAGACGCCAGCGCCACGGGCCUGCAGCUGGGCUGCUGUAGGGCCGCGUAGGCUGGGGCUGGGUUGGGGCAUCCGGGCCCGCCGCGGGAGCCUGCAGUCCGACCGGAGCGGAGACUGGGGCGCGGCAGAUUCUGAUGCCCAUUCUGAACCACUUUGGGGGGUUAACAGGCCCAGAGCAAAGGAGCACAUAAAUUCGAGGGCCCACAUAGCACCUGAUUGACCCCAUUCUAUCGAAACAGUACCCUCAAGCUCAGGCAUCCAAGUAAUGCACCAUGCCUAUAGUCGAUAAGUUGAAGGAAGCCCUGAAACCUGGCCGCAAGGACUCAGCUGAUGAUGGCGAGCUGGGGAAGCUUCUGGCCUCGUCUGCCAAGAAGGUCCUCUUACAGAAGAUAGAAUUUGAACCAGCCAGCAAGAGUUUCUCCUAUCAACUGGAGUCACUGAAGAGCAAAUAUGUGCUGCUGAACACCAAAGCAGAGGGAGCCAAUCAUUACAGGAGCGGAGAAGAGCCUCAGGCCAGGAGACAGACACAGGGUGGUGAACAUGGUCAUGAGAGUUGUGCCGAUGGGGUCCCUGCGCCACAGAAAGUGCUCUUCCCAAUGGAGCGACUUUCUCUGAAGUGGGAACGUGUCUACCGUGUAGGGGCGGGACUUCACAACCUUGGCAACACCUGCUUCCUGAACUCCACCGUACAGUGCUUGGCCUACACACCGCCCCUGGCCAACUACCUGCUCUCCAAGGAGCAUUCUCGGAACUGUCACCAAGGAAGCUUCUGCAUGCUGUGUGUCAUGCAAAAUCAUAUCGUCCAGGCCUUUGCCAACAGCGGCAAUGCUAUCAAGCCCGUCUCCUUCAUCAGAGACCUAAAAAAGAUUGCCCGGCACUUCCGCUUUGGGAACCAGGAGGAUGCUCAUGAGUUCCUGCGCUACACCAUCGACGCCAUGCAAAAGGCCUGCCUCAGUGGCUGUGCCAAGUUGGACCGUCAGACACAGGCCACUACUCUGGUUCAUCAGAUUUUCGGGGGCUAUCUCAGGUCACGUGUGAAGUGCUCCGUGUGCAAGAGUGUCUCAGACACCUACGAUCCCUACCUGGACGUGGCGCUGGAGAUUCGGCAAGCUGCAAACAUCGUGCGUGCCCUGGAACUUUUUGUGAAACCAGAUGUCCUGAGUGGAGAAAAUGCCUAUAUGUGUGCCAAAUGUAAGAAGAAAGUUCCAGCUAGCAAGCGGUUUACCAUCCACAGAGCAUCCAAUGUCCUAACACUUUCCCUCAAGCGCUUUGCCAACUUCAGUGGGGGAAAGAUAACCAAGGAUGUGGGCUAUCCGGAAUUCCUGAACAUCCGUCCAUACAUGUCGCAGAGCAGUGGGGAGCCCAUCAUGUAUGGGCUCUAUGCUGUACUGGUGCACUCGGGCUACAGCUGCCACGCCGGCCACUAUUAUUGCUAUGUGAAGGCAAGCAACGGGCAGUGGUACCAGAUGAAUGACUCUUUGGUCCAUUCCAGCAACAUAAAAGUAGUUCUGAACCAGCAGGCAUAUGUGCUCUUCUACCUGAGAAUUCCAGGCUCUAAGAAGAGUCCUGAGGGCUCCAUCUCCAGGUCCGUUUCCUCCCUCUCCAACCGCCCCAGCUUGGUCACAGACCAGCUCAAGAAGAAUAUCAGCAACGGGGCUGUUGCUUCCCCACUCACUUCAAAGAGAGUAGAUCCAGUAACAAUGAAAAAACUUCAAACUACCGAAGAGAUUGGUGUACCUAUCUCCAGGAAUGGCUCUGUGUCAGGCCUGAAGUCACAGAAUGGCUACGCAUCUCCAAAACUGUCUCUGGGGUCCCUUUCCCCCAGAUUCUCCAAACCCCUCACUCAUCUGCCAACCAUCCUGGAUGAGCCUGGAAAAAUGCUCAAGAAGUCACUUGCCCCCCAGCAUGGCUCUCCAACCCCUAAAGCUGCUCCGGGGCCCCCAGGUAGUAGUGCCUUGAGUGGCAGCAGGCCUGAAAGCCGGAAGCAGGGCUCCUGGGACAGGGGCACCACCCUCUCUACCUCACCCAAACUGCCUGCUGCAGUGACUGCCAAUGGGCAUGGGCCCAAAGCAGGCAGUGAGGGCUCUGACUCAGACCGGAGGGGCUCCAGCAGCUCCAGCCCUGAGCACUCUUCUGCUAGUGACGUGGCCAAGCCCCCUCCGCCUCCUAGGAGCAGAGACAUCCACUUUUGUGACUCUCAGGGAACAGAUUCCAAAGUGUUGCCAGCCAGAGAGGACCCCAAGACAGUGAAGCCCAAGUGCCCUGUCCUGAGCACCACCACCCCCGAACCUGCCAGCACCAUGUCCCCUCCACCAGCCAAAAAAUUGGCCCUUUCUGCCAAGAAGGCCAGCACCCUGCGGAGGGCAACCAGCAAUGACCUCCGGCCUCCCCUCUCUCCACUCUCCGACCUCACCCAUCCCGGGAAAACCACGCACCCCAUCGUCGCCUCUGCCUGGCCUGUCAGUGCCGUCAGGGCUAUUGCACCUGCUCCCAGAUCAUCUAGCCACUUGAAGACCCUUGGCCCCUGCUCUCUGUCAUUAUCCAGUGGCCCCCAGCCUCUAGGGAUGUCAGACCCCCCAAGCUGCCCCUCUGCCUCUGCUUCCCUGCCUCAGGUCAAUGGGGGCUUUGAGUCCCCUCCACACCAGCUACAAGAGGCCAGCCAGCAUCCCCAGAGCCUGUGUGAGAGUAGAAAGAGGCAGCUGGGAGAGAUUCUGGGACAGGGCUCAGAGACUCCAGGGUCAGCUUCAGCCCCCCCUGGGAAGAAGAGGCGGAAAAAGAGGAAACACAUGGAGGACAUGGACACCUCCCCACUGCAGGAGGGACAGGCGCAGAGGCUGCCUCGAAGCCCUAGCCCCAAGCGUGGGAAGGAAGGCCGGAUAGAGCCACUAACAGAAAGACUGAAGGAAAUGGGUGGACAGCAGCAGGUGAAUGGCCAGCCCCUGGUGAUUGGUCGGCAGAUGGACUCUGUGACGAGUGGUCAGCACAUGAGCACCAAGAAGAGCAGGCAAGAAACUGAGAGCCUUAGGGCAGGAGGCUGCCUUCACAAGGACCCACCUUUGCACAGGAGCUCUUCUCCCUUGGAUGCUGUCCAGCCAGAGGCCAUCCCAACAUCUCUAAGGAAAAAGAAAAAGAAAAAAAGAAAGCCAGAGUCACAGCAGGAAAUAGAACUGAACCAGCACCCUGAUGAGGAGCCAGAGUGCUGCACUGUCCCUGAGCCCCAGCCGAGCAUCCCUUCGCCACCUGUAAAUGGCUGGUGUCCUGGGAACAGCACAGGGGACCGAACAGAGAAAGAACAGGAUCCUCUCGUGUCCUGGAACCGAGAGAAGAAAUCUGAUGUGGUCCAGGAACUGCUCCGAUACUCCUCUGAUAAAGCUUACGGGAGAAAAGUUCUGACAUGGGACGGUGAGCUGUCAGCUGUUAGUCAGGAUGCCAUCCGAGACAGCAGGCUAGCCUGCACGGCUACAGUGAUUGAUGACUGGGAUGUCGAGUUCGAUCGAGGAAAAGAAAAGAAAUUGAAAAAGUUCAAGAGAGAGAAGAGAAACUUCAAUGCCUUCCAGAAACUUCAGAGUCGACGAAACUUUUGGUCUGUGACUCAUCCAGCUAAGGUUACCAGCCUCAGCUAUCGACGAUGAUUUGCUGAUGUCAAAAUAGUGGACGUGCACUCAGGCAUGGCAGGGAGAGUCUCAAGAGUCUUCGCUUCUUUGCCAGGAACAUGUGCUUUGUCUCAUGGCCUCUGGGAGAUGAGGUGCCCCCUCCUGAGAUUUAUCCACAUGGACUGAAGGAGCAGCUUCGUGGACUCUGAUGGUCCUGUUGGGUCCAGGAUCCACACCAUGAACCUACUGCUGGGAACAGCCACAACCUCUGGGCAUGUGGAUGAGGAAGGUUUUGGUGAUGCUCACAGCAGGAAGUGACGUGCCCCACUAUGGCACACAGAGCAAGGGGCAGCAUACCGGCUGGAACCUGAACCUCACUGGCUAUCCUGUAUUCCUAACCAGUGUUGAGCCCAGUGGUCACAUGGAGCAGCAGAGGAAGCAGCCUCUCCCAGUGGAUCCUGCUGCUUCACAGGAUGAUAAGUAUGUAAAUGGUGGCUCCACUUGAAGAGCCUCCCAGCACCUUCUGGUGGCUGCCACUGCCCUCUCAUCCUGUACCUCCAGUUCCUGGGAUGGAGCGUCUCUAUGCCUUAUCUGUCCACCCUCAGAGCAAGAACCCAGGGCCUGUCCCACACUGCCGCCUCCCCCUUUUGUGGAAUUGGGGCUGGCUGGCCCUGCCACUGCAUCUCUCUCUCUCUUUCUCCCUUAUGAAAAUUCUGGACCAGCUCUGCAGCAGAAAAAAACAUUGUGGGGCCUGGAACUACAUCUGACUUGCUUCCUGGCUGCUCCUCCUACAGUGGCUGGACUUUCCUCACAGCUGCAGUGUCCCAGGUCCUCAUCCAGGUGGUGAUCUUGGGGUAGAACCCCCUUUUGUUUUGCUACUUGACAUAAAAUACUACUUUUUGGCCAGGCCUGUGGCUUCCGUUAGCAAUGCUUCCUUUCCCUGAAUAUGCAAGCAUUGGCUUUAUUUGCUCCAUUUUGUGAGUGCUUCUGAAUUUAGAUGAUUGUAUAACUCAUGAUCAGCUUUUUAUCUCCUUAUGCUGUGCCUGCUAACUUAUAUCUUAAUAUACAUGGGAAACUCAGUUAAGGUGAUUUUUCCAGAAACAAAGUAAGUGAACUAGUAGUAGAAGGCAUGGAAAUAAAUGUGAAGACUCUGCUCACAGGCACUUAACUGCGACCUUUCCUCAGAAACCACGCAGCUGUAGACCGGGUUCUUUGAGACUCCAGUCCCCUCUUUGGCCUCUCACUACCUACCCUCUCCUGAUUGAGCUUUGCUGUCUGCGCCUUGCUCUGAGGCCCGGGUUGAUCCCUCUGAGGGGACAUGGUGAUUUUUUUUUUUUUUUCAUGCAGGUAGUCUUGUUUUCCCUUUUCUUUCCUUCCCUACUUUUCUUUUUAAAAGUUGGGAAUAUUAACCUCAGUGGUCUCAGCUGAGGUUGCUUCCAAUCCCAGGGAAGGUACCAAGGCUUUGCUUACACAGGUUUGCAGCCUGAGACUCCCCCCACUCCCCCCCCAGAGGACUGAUGCUGCAUGUCAGUCACACCUGGUUCAAAGGGGCACAGGCAACCCCCGUUUCAUGGCUUUGUGUCUGUCCUAGUGGGAGAGAAGGCGGUGCCUUCCUUCUCCCGGUGUUGGCCUUCUUUCCUGUUGAACUAUUUCCUAGCUAUAUUUUUGUAAUGUCCUAUAGCUAGAAAAGAAAAAUGUGUGUGUCUAAUCACAGAAUGUAUUUCCUUUCUUUCUCUCUUUCCUUCUCCAGAUCAAUCUUUCUCUGCUGUAUCACUGUAAAAACUUCCUGUUCAAAACAGAUCCGUUAUCUCCUAAGCAGUGGUAAAUGCUGGUCUGACAUUGUACAGCAUUUAUCACCAUCACACAGACCAGUUCUUCCCUUCCCAGAAACCAUCAACCAAACUGGGGAGAGAAAGAAUGUGGCCCAGAAAAGUAGUCCCAAUUCUAGGUGACAUACAUAGAGUAUAAGAAUAUUACAUAUAUAUAUAUACAUAUAUAUAUAUAUAUAUGGCUACGGCUUUUAUAAUAGCAGUCACACAGUUGACUUUGACUCUGGGUUUAAUUUAACUUCGUAUUUGGAGUGGAGCGAGGGUGGCAGGGGCCUGUGCUGGAGGGCAGCCUCUCCAUCACCUGCCUCUUGGGGGGGGGGGUGUCUCAGCAGUGAUAAGUGCGUGGCUGCACAAGUGUGCAGAGGUAACACCCCUAUACCAAGUCCCUCUCCAGGGCUGAAAGCCCCCAAAUGUUGCCAAGAUAAUUGGUGCAAUAAAAUACUGAGUUUUUGUCA